AUCGCGCUCUCGCCGCUGGAGCAGAUCAUCAACGUGACUGACGCGAUGCAAUCCCAGCACACGAUGGAUCAGAAUUCAGUAGAAAUCGCUGCUCUGAUGCAGUUUCCGCAACGAAUGGCCUUGGGGUUCAGGGACACACUGUUACAAUCGCAGCAGAUGGCCAUGCAGCAAGCAUCUCCGAUGCUAGGCGUCAACCCUGACACGCUGAGCUACACAAGCAUAGGCAACCUCAGUCCAGCGUUCGCUCCAUCUCCUCUGCACGCCGCGCAGACUCCGUCGCAGACCUCACAUGCAUCGUAUCUUGAAGUUCCUGCCUCCCAACCGGGAUUCACGUACGGUACGCAAAGUUGGGGCGUUGUCCCGAGUCCCGGCUUUCCACCACAACAAUACGUGACACAAGACGAGGAGCUUUACGGCUAUAGCCUGGGCGGGUUUCGAGGAGGGACUCCACACACCACCGAGCCAGAGGCAGGCCCCUCAAGCUUCAGACGACAAUAUUGAGCUGAAGAGUCGAGUCCAUGGAAUUCCGAAAGGAGGCACGCCAGAGACGAUUCGACUCUCUCAAAGACAACCUGACCUUUUACUACGAGUUCUUUUGUCGAUACUUGCUUCCUAUAAGAUGUAAUAUCUACGGCCUUGAUGAAGCGCAAGCGAAUGACUCGAUACGACUCUCCUUGAUAUCUGGGCGGAUACAAUGUUACAACGACAUCACCGACUUUGGCGACAGCACUUGGUUAUGUGCUAUUGCGUGGGAGGACGGGCGUGAAAUUUGGCAUACCUGGGACUAGUUUGUCUGUCCUGACAGCGUUUGAAGUUUUUAGAAGAUUGGCAUGCAUAUUUGAAGCGAAUACGCUAUAGAUUGCUCGUGAGAGACUGUAUCAUACACAGCGAAAGAGAUGGCAGCACUUGACGACUGACAGAAAGUUCCAAUAGUGGAUCCCAAAUAUAACUAUAAACUUCGACCUUCG